CUCUUAUCUUUGCAACGCGCCCGCAGCCGGACGACCAAACAACCCCCACUUUGCGAGAUGGCCGCCUCGCACACCAGCCUUCGGCAGAAGCGCGCCCGCGCGCACCUCGCGCUGCACACCGCGGUCCGCCGGUACGAUGUGCCGCAGAUCAAGGCGCUCAUCGAGGACGGAGCCGAGCUGACAGAGGUGGACGAAUUUGGCCGCACAUCGCUUCACCUCGCCAUCGUUGCGGCCUCGCAAUCCCACCGCCAGCCAAACGGCGACGCGACUGUGCGGGAGAUGGUCUCGGCGCUGCUCGCCGGCGACGUUGAGGCGCUGUGCGAGGUGCUCUGUCUGCACUCAGACGCGGGCCUCACGCCGCUCCACCUGGCCGCUCGCUGCGGCAACAGCAGCCUGAUGGGGGUCCUGCUGGACUCCAUCGACGAGGAGGUGCUCUCCGACGUGAUGGAGAUGAGGACGCAGCUGACCGGCGACCUCUACUCCGGCAACUGGGGCAAGAAGGACGCAGACACCGGCGAGCUACGGCCUGGCGGGACGCGGCGCGAGCAGCACGGGGCCCUCCUCGGACCCUUCCCGGAAGCUGGCGCCGACCCGGCCGCGACUGGCUGCAAGCCGAUCGGGACGGCCAACACGGUGCUCCACCAGGCGGCGGCGCGAGAUUGCCCCGAGAGACGGCCCGAGAGCGAGAUCGAGAUCUCGCGAGGCGGGCAGAACGGACUCACCCCGCUCUGCAUGGCCGCGCGCUCCAACAAGGCGCGCACCAACAAGCGGGCUGCCAUCCUGCGGCUCUUUGGCGAGGAGGCGUGA